AUGGGUUUUCGAGAUCGAAUAUCCGGCAAGGGAACCGGACGAGAUGACACAGCACAUAAACCCAGCACCAAAAGCUUCUUAGGACAAGGAGGUAUCCCGAACGCAAAGAAACCGAAAACUCGACCUCCCACAUCGAUCCGUGAUCAGCCAUGGUUUCUCCAUGCAUCCUUACCCACAUACUCGGGGCCAUAUACGGUGGGCGUGAUGGCCAUCGAAGUCCCCGCCGAGAACCCUCGCGUCAUAUCCGAAAUCACACGCGAAGGCCACCACAUCCUCCGCCUCGAAACUGUGCUCAUGAACAUCUACUAUCCCGCCGCGCACGGCGCCGGGUCCGGAAAGUCGCCGUCAGGGAAGCACCGCUGGUCGCGGGAGACCUGGCUUCCGCGUCCGCGCCUGGAAUCCGCGAAAGGCUACGGCAAAUUCGCCGGCGCCAAAUGGGCCAUGGUCCCGUUCUUCUUCGCGACCACCAUGUUCACCAAGAUCCCGGCGUUUCGCAACGCGGGGAUCGCGGAGCAUUGGCCGCCGGGGGGGAACGUGGAUACGCGGGGGACGAGGGUCAAGCAGGAGGAGGGGGAGGUGCCAGAGGGAGAGGAGGAUCCGCCGGUAUUUCCUCUCAUGGUCUUCUGCCAUGGACUGGGCGGGACGCGGACAGUGUAUAGCAGUGUGUGCGGCGAGUUCGCAAGCUACGGGUUUGUGGUCUGCGCAAUCGAACAUCGAGAUGGAUCGGGGCCACGGACGAUCGUGCUCCAUGAGGAGGAGGGCGAAGGGAGUGUGGAGCAUCUGGAGCGGAACGGGGUGGACCACCAUCCGCGCCAGCGGCGGCGGGGAUGGGAUAAGGUGGACUACAUCUAUUCGAAAUACAACCCCGACGACACCGCUCCCACCAGCGAACAGGGCAUCGACAAAGAAUUGCGGCAUGCACAACUGCAAUUGCGGUUGGCGGAGAUCGAGGAGGCCUACAACGUCCUGGCGAAGAUCUGCAACGGACAAGGGCAAGAGGUUGCCAACAAGAACCUCCGUCGCAAAGGCUACACCGGUGCCAGCUCCAACGGGUUGCAAGGAAUUGACUGGACCCUCUGGAAGCACCGCUUCCACCUCGACCAAGCCACCAUCCUCGGCCACUCCUUCGGCGCCGCCACCGCCAUCUCCGUUCUCCGCCACCCCGCACGCUUCCCCCAGAUCGCCCAAGGCGUCACCUACGACAUCUGGAGCGGCCCCGUCCACCCCUCUGAACCCAACCCCGCCCACAAAAUCCGCUCCCCCCUCCUUGGUAUCAACUCCGAAGCCUUCAUGUACUGGCCCUCCAACUUCCACACCGCCACCGCCCUCGCCGCCGAAGCCCGCGCCCAGGAAGCCCCCGCCUGGCUCCUCACCCUCCGCGGCACCGUCCACCUCUCCCAAUCCGACUUCUCCCUCCUAUAUCCCACUCUCACCGCCGGCGUCAUGCGCGCCACCGCCGACCCGCAGCGCGCCAUGGACCUGAACAUCAACGCGACGCUGGAGUUCCUCGGGAAAGUCUCGCCGGUCACGCGGGCGCUGAUAGCGCGCGGCGCGAGCGAUGAGCGUAUCCUCGACGUCGAGCCGCUGGAGGUAGUGCCGGAUAUACAUCGGCCGGACGAUAGGCAUCUGGGGUUUGCCCUGAAGGUACCGCAUGUGUAUCGGCAUCGGGUGGCGCCGGGGACGGCGAGGAGGUGGAAGCGGAUGAGGCGGAGGUGGGGGAGGGAGAGGGAUGCGGAGGUGGGGGAGAGUGAGGUGUGGAUGCAUGUGAGGAGUGAGGUGGAGGAGGUGGAGCGGUUUUUGAAAGAGAAUAUGGGACAUGGGAGGGGGAUGGAGAGAGGGAAGGACGAGAAUGAGGAUGUUAUGAGCGGAUCUGGGGUAUCGACGCCGGGUUGA